AUGCAGGUUGCCGGAGCCAAGAAUGCCGCGCUUCCCAUUCUGGCGGCAUCGAUGCUCGGCGGCCGCCAGGUGCGCCUGUCCAACCUGCCCGAUGUCGGCGAUGUCCGCUCCAUGCUCGAACUGCUUGGCUUGUGCGGCGUCGAGACCGGCGAUCCCGUCCAUGGACGUAUCGAAUUCUCCACGGAGGCCCUGCGUGCCGCCGAUGCCCCUUACGACAUCAUGCGCAAGAUGCGCGCCUCGUUUCUGGUGCUGGCGCCGCUUCUCGUCCGGUUUGGCCGCGCCCGGAUUUCGCGGCCGGGCGGCUGCGCCAUCGGGACACGCCCGGUCGAUCUGCACCUUGGCGCGCUGGAGGCGCUCGGCGCCCGUAUCGAUUUCGGCGGCGGCAUCUAUGACGUGCAGGCGCCCGAGGGAUUGCGAGGGGCACGCAUCGCUCUGCCAAUGGCGUCGGUGGGUGCAACCCACACCGCGCUGAUGGCGGCGGCCGGCGCGCGGGGCGAGACCGAGAUCGUCAAUGCGGCGCGCGAGCCCGAGAUCGUCGAUCUGGCGGCAUUCCUCAACGGCCUGGGCGCGCGGGUCGAAGGCGCCGGAACAUACAAGAUCACGGUUCAGGGUACCGACAGCUGGAGCGACGUCAGCCACGCCAUCGUGCCCGACCGGAUCGAGGCGGCCAGCUAUCUGAUCGCCGCCGCCAUGACCGGCGGUGAACUGGAGAUCAUCGGCGCGCGACUGGAACAUCUGGGCGCUGCCUGCCAGAUCCUCGAACAGGCCGGCAUCGUCAUCUACCCGUCCGACCGGGGGCUGAUCGCCCGGCGCGGCGGCGCGCUGACGAGCGUUGACGUGGCAACCGAACCGUUUCCGGGUUUUCCGACCGAUCUGCAGGCGCAGUUCAUGGCCCUGAUGUGCCUUGCCGACGGUGUUUCGGUGAUCCGCGAGCGCGUCUUUGAAUCGCGGUUCAUGCAUGUGCCGGAAUUGCAGCGCAUGGGCGCCGACAUCCGCCAUGACGGAUCGACCGCCAUCGUGACGGGCGUCGGCGAACUGCACGGCGCCCAGGUGAUGGCCACCGAUCUGCGCGCCUCCAUGUCGCUCGUGCUCGCCGGUCUGGUCGCCAAGGGCGAAACGCAAGCUGCGCCGGUGCGGCGCGGCCAUCGAAAGGGUCGCCGAAUGACGACGGCCAAAGUCGAUGACGAAGCGCUGUUCAUGGCGGUCGAUGGCGGCGGCACGGGCUGCCGCGCGCGGCUGGAAACCGCAGACGGCAAGGUGAUAGGCGGCGGGCUGGCCGGUCCGGCGGCAACGCGGUUCGGUGUCGAAGCGUCCUGGGCGGCGAUUUCGACCGCCUUUUCAAACGCGCUGGACGAAGCAGGCAUCGGCCGAUCGGACGCGGGACACAUUCAUGCCGGCAUCGGCGUCGCCGGCCUGUCGCGGCAAGGCGCGCGCGAGGCGCUGGAAGCGAUGGAGCAUCCGUUUGCGUCGGCGCAUUUUGCGACAGACGGUGAGAUCGCCUGUCUUGGCGCGCAUGGCGGGCGCGACGGCGCAAUCGUCAUCGUCGGCACGGGAAGCUGCGGGCUGGCGCGCCUGUCGGGGCAGUUGAUCAAGAUCGGCGGCUAUGGGUUUCCGAUAUCGGACGAGGGCAGCGGCGCCUAUCUGGGGCUGCGCGUCGUCCGCGCCGCGAUGAUGGCCCAUGACGGCCGGAUGGCCAUGACCGCGCUGCUCGGCGAGAUCAUGGGCCGUUUCGGCGACGAUCCGGGCAAUGCGGUCCAAUGGAUGGAUCAGGCAACAGCAACCGACUACGCAGCCUUUGCGCCGAUCGUCGUCCGCCAUGCCGACGAUGGCGAUCCGGCGGCCCGGCGCAUCAUGCAGGACGCGGCCGCGGCGAUCGAGACCAUCGGUCGGACGCUUUUCGAACGGGGGGCCGAACGGCUGACGCUGAUCGGCGGGCUGGCGAGCGUGAUCGAGAGCUGGCUUGCGCCGGAUCUGCGCCGCCGAUUGAGCCCGCAGCUGGGCGACAGCCUGGACGGGGCCGCGAUCCUUGCCGGACGGCCGGCAAUCGGCCGGUUCACGAUCGACAAGAUAUUCCAGGACUACGGUCCGAUCGACCAGAACAAUCCGACGCCGCGCUACAUCCAGCUGGCCAACCGGAUUCGCGACCUGAUCGAGAGCGGAAGCUGGAAGGCCGGCGACGCGCUGCCCUCGGAACGGACAAUCGUCGGCGCGACCGGCCUUUCGCGGGUGACGGUGCGCAAGGGUCUCGAACUGCUCGUCAAUGAGGGGCUUUUGUGUCAGCGCCACGGUUCGGGCACCUAUGUCAGCAGCGAGGAAGACCGCAUCGAGCAGUCGCUCGGAACCCUGACCGGGUUCAGCGAGGACAUGCACUCGCUCGGCCAUGUGCCGAGCGCCCGCUGGAUCGAAAAGACCAUCGACAAUCCGUCGACCGAAGAGACGAUGGUGCUGGGCCUUUCGCCGGGCGAGAAGGUUGCGCGCCUGCAUCGUCUGCGGCUGGCGGACGGCGAACCGCUGGCGAUCGAAAUGGCCGUUGUGCCCGCCAGCAUUCUGCCCGAUAUCGACGACAUGCAGGAUUCGCUCUAUCAGACGCUGGCCGCACAGGGCGCGCUGCCCGAAAAGGCGCUGCAGCGCAUGCAUGCCUGCCGCCUGCCCGCAUUCGAGGCGGAACUCCUCAAGUGCGAGGAAGGCGAGCCAGCGCUCCACAUCGAGCGCCUGUCGCGUCUGCACAGCGGCCGGGUGAUCGAGUUCACCCGCUCCUACUAUCGGGGGCAAACGCUGAUGACAAGCCUGAUGCAGCAGGAAACGCGGGCCAUUCCCGCCCUCGUCGCUCAACAGAUGCACGACCAUCUGGCCACCUACGAAGGCUGUGCCGACCGGAUCGCGGCGUUCGAUCCGGCCCUCGUCGUCACCAUGGCGCGCGGCUCGUCGGACAAUGCCGCGCUUUAUUUCAAAUAUCUGUUCGAGCUGAAGACCGGCAUACCGGUCGCCUCGGUCGGGCCCUCGAUCGCCUCGGUCUACGAACGCGAAUUGCGUCUUGAUCGCGCCGCGUGCCUUUCGAUCUCGCAAUCCGGCAAAAGCCCCGACCUGGUGGCGUUCCAGAAGAUGGCCGGCGAUCAGCGGGCCCUGAACCUGGCGCUGGUCAACACGCUUGACAGCCCUUUGGCAGAAGGUGCCGACUGCCUGAUGCCGGUUGCCUCGGGACCGGAGAAGUCCGUCGCGGCGACCAAAUCCUUCGUCAUGUCGCAGACCGCCAUCGCCGCGCUGACGGCGCAUGUCAGCCGGGACGACGGUCUGCUUGCCGCACUGGCGGAUCUGCCGGACGCGCUGGACCGGGCCAUCGGUUGCGACUGGCGCGAUCUGGUCACACGGUUGAAGCCCGUUCACUCGCUUUACGUCAUCGGGCGCGGGCCGGGACUUGCCAUCGCCCAGGAAGCCGCGCUCAAGCUGAAGGAGACGUGCGAAAAACACGCGGAGAGCUACAGUUCCGCCGAGGUGCUGCACGGUCCCAUCCAGUUGGCGGCCAGCGGCCUGGCAGCGCUCGUCUUCCUCAGCCGCGACGAGGCGCGGCAGGGCCUGAUCGACGCGGUCCGACGCAUGGCCGAAAUGGGCAUUGCCGUUUUCGUCGCCGAUCCCGCCGGCGACCGGCCGCUGGACCUGCCGGGCGUUUCCUACCUGCCAUGCGCCGCGGCUCCGCACCCGAUGCUCGACUGCAUCAGCCAGAUCACGACCUUCUAUGUUUUCGCGGAGCGGUUCGCCUUCGAUCUCGGUCUCAAUCCGGAUUCGCCCAAACUGCUCAAAAAGGACGGCAGGGUCAAGGGUCUGGCCCCGCUGGCCGAUACGCCGGCGCGCAGCCGGAUCGUCGACACGGAGGCUGAAUGGCUGUCGCCGGGAUUUGUCGAUUGGCAGGUCAAUGGCGGCGGCGGCGUCCUGUUCAACGACAAUCCCAGUCCCGAAGGUCUUGCACGGAUCGCCGACGCCCACCGGCGUUUCGGGACGACCGCCCUGCUGCCGACCGUGAUCACCGAUGAGCCGGCGGUCACAAAGGCCGCGGCCGCAGCGGCCGCCGAGGCGACGCAACAGGGCACACCGGGCAUUGUCGGCAUUCACUUCGAGGGCCCGCAUAUCUCGGUUGCGCGGAAAGGCGUCCACGAUCCGCGGUUCAUCCGGCCCAUGGAGCGGGACGAUUUGGCGUUGCUCCGCCGCCGGGAUCUGGGCCGGAUCGUUGCGACGGUCGCCCCGGAAAACGCCACGGUCGACGAUGUCGCCGCGCUUGCACAGGCAGGAACGAUCGUCAGCCUUGGCCAUACGGCGACGGAUCACGACACGGCCCGGCGCUAUUUCUCGGCGGGGGCGCGCGCGGUCACGCAUCUUUUCAACGCCAUGGAGCCGCUGCACCACCGUCAGCCGGGCCUGAUCGGGGCCGCGCUCGAAAACCCGGAUAUCUAUUACGGGCUGAUCGCCGACGGCCACCAUGUUCACCCGUCGGUCCUGUCGAUGGUUUUCGCGGCGGGCCCGAAGACCCGGCUGACGCUGGUCACCGAUGCGAUGUCCUCGGUCGGCGACCCCUCCGACACGUUCGAGUUGAACGGCCGUAUCGUCCACCGCAAGGGCGGGCGCCUGACCAUCGAAGACGGCACGCUCGCCGGCUCCGAUCUGGACAUGAUAUCCGCCAUCCGCUUUUCCGUGCGCGAGUGCGGCGUCGCCAUGGUCGACGCCCUGCGCAUGGCCACGUCGGUGCCGGCAAGCAUGCUCGGGCUCGAGACGAUCGGCUCGCUGCGGCCCGGCGCGCGCGCGGACAUCGUUGCCCUGCACGACAGCCUCGAGAUCGCCCAGGUCCAUAUGGCCGGCGAACCCGACCCAUAG